AUGGGAGACCAUGAAUGCUCUAUCAAUUCACUUCGAACAUUCUGCAGAGGUAGCAAAUUUACUUUUCGCCAAACGAUUGUUGACGAAACCGGUCUUCCCCACGAACGACUGUUUCAUGUCCAAACAAUCGUAUCAAAUAUAUCCAAGAAUUUGAAUAUAGGUAUUUUCGAUGGUUUCGGCCAGACUAUCAAAAUGGCCAAGAGGAAUUCGGCCCUCUCGGCAUUGACCACGUUAAAACCGGCAAGACCUUCUAAUAAUGAUCCCAAAAAGAAUGAAGAUGCCAAUCUAUUGUCAAUAUUAAAACUCAAUGAGGAGGACCUUCUGACAUCAAAUAAUUCUUACAGUGAUUUAGUGGAGUUGGGGAUGUUAUUCAAAGUCCCUGUUCGUUUGCUUAAGUCGGGUCCGGAUUAUUGUGUUUCAUUUUGUCAUUGUACAUUCGCAUCGCCAAUAAGUUAUGUGGAGGCUAGCUACAAGGCUCUCAGAGCCAUUCGUACACAAAUUGAAUCCCUGAAUCAAAUCUCCAUUCAGAGUUAUGCAUGGCGAAUUGACGUUGUUUCCCGUCUUCUUGGUCUUUCCCUCUCAUUCGAAGUCUCCGAACUGUUGAACCAUCCAUUGAGGUUUUCUGUGAACUGUAUAUUACCCCCUUUCACGAAAACUGCGGCAUCCGCUAAAACAAUGGAACGUGCGAAAGAACUAGCCUCUCGCUUGAUGCUUAGCCAGCUCAAGAAAUUCGAAAAGUCCCCAUCAACCAUAUCCUCAAAUUCCCAAAAAUCUACAAAGCAUCCGAAGAAAUAUAAUAAUCGUGUCAGGGGCUCUUCCGAUUAUUCUGGAUCGUUGAAUCCCGUUGAACGCCUAGAACUCAUUCAACAAACUAAUAAACAACCCGAACCCGUUUAUAACUUAGAGGAGUUGUACCCUCCAGUUAAGGUGAUCCUUUCCUGUGACGGCAAUGAAGUGGUAAAAUCUCGCCGUGGACCUAUCAAAUUCCUCUGCACUUGUUAUAUUGGCGAGACUGCUAUUCGAGGGGACGCGUACUGCAAUAAGCGCUUAGCUAAAAGAUCAGCUGCAGAAAAGGCAUUAGAGACACUGGGAGUUGAUGCCUACCGUCAGUUGAAAAUCCAAAAUAGUAGUGUUGUCUCCCAUUCACAGCUGCCCAGUUCUUUAAAAUCAGGUAUAAGGAACGUAAAUAUCACAUUCAUUUCACAGGAUUCCGCUGUCUCAAUCUCAUGCGCCAAGGAAGUUGUUCUGUUUGAUGCUGCGAGUCAAUCAAGCAUUAGGUUCACUCCCAAAUCGAAUAGAAGGUCGAGAAGCGCGUAUAGGCCUGAGGUAUCCUCUUCAAUGAGUCGAAAUACUCCUUGCGCGACUUCUGUUGGAAUAGACACCUUUGCGUAUGAACUUAAUCUUCUGAGCGUGGCUCCUCGUGAAGACGGUUAUUGCAAGAAUCCCAACGAAAGUAAUCAAGAGGUGAAAGGUGAGGAGGAACCAUUGCCAAACCCCCUCCAAGAUAUCGUGUCCUGGAAACUACUGGCAAGUCUUGCACGAGUUCUAACGUGCUGGGGGUCACGGGAUAAUUUAUCUCCUGAUUCUCAAGCUGUCAGUUUGGAUACUCAACUACUCCAAAUGUGUAACCGUUUCGGUAUUCCUUGUCAGUUGGUGGAGCUUUCUGGAAUGGAAGAGAAAAACAAAGGCUGGACGCCUCUUCAGAAUGGCAAAUUUCAUAAGUACGCGGAAUCUGGCUGCACUUUUCUACUUCAAAUUGGUAGAACCCACUCUGUUUCGCGUUUCUUAUCAUCUUCCGAGAGAGUAGGCGAUAAAUUUUCGGAAUCCAAUGGACCACAAACAAAUCGUCUUGAAUGUGGACACAAUGGUAGAGGGGGUUGCUUCUUAUCUACUGGUGCUAACAGAGCUGAGUGCCGACAGAACUUGGUUCUGCAUGCCUUGAAAUGUCUUAUUGGCCCCACUCAAUGA